AUGUUUAAAUUUAUUGGGAUAUAGAACAAAUAAAUUUGCCUAAAAUUAGUAAUAUUUUUUAUUAAUUUAAAAACUUCUAUAAUUUUCAACGUGUCGAUUGUCUGCUAAAUCCAAAAAACUGUUUUAAUUUAUGCACGUGUAAUAAAUAUCUAUAUUUUUAAGAAUUUAGACUUAAAUUGGUAGCCUAUAUAAUUCAUAUAAAAAUUUCUAUAAUUUUCAAUUUGUCUAUAGUCUGCUAAAUCCAAAAACUGUGCACGUGUAAUAAAUAUCCAUAUUUUUAUGAAUUUAGAUUUAAAUAAAAAAAAAGAAUAAAAAAGUAAUAAAUUAAUAUAAUACAAUAUCCAAUUUAAUUCAAACAUAAAAAUGAACUCUAAAUUGCUAUUUUUGACAAUUAUAAUCCUAUAAUUUUAUUUUAUAAAUUCAGAGGAUUUAAAAGAUCAUAUUGCGAUAGACUUUGGCAAUACAUAUUCUUCUGUAGUUAUUGUAUAAGGAGGUAAAGUAAUAAUCAUUCCAAAUGAAUUUGGUAAUACAGAAACUCCCUCUGUUGUGUCCUUUGCAGAGGAUAAAAUAUUUGUUGGAGAAUAAGCUAUUCAUUAAUAUAAAAAUAAUCCAUCUAGAUCAGUUUAAAAAAUUAAGAAACUGAUAGCACAGGAUUAAAAAGAUAUUGUUCUACAAAAUAGUCAGGAUUUUCUGUCUUAAAACAUAACUAAAAAUAAUCGAAUUUAUGAUAUCAUAGAUAUAGAAGGAAGUGAAGUCCAUAAAACUGAAGAAGUCACUGCUAUGAUACUAUCAAAGAUGAAGUAAAUAGCAGAAAAUUUCCUAGGAAAUGAAAUUAAGUAUGCAAUUUUAUCUUUUCCUACUUAUUUAAGCGAUGCCCAAAAAUAAACUAUGGUUAAUGCCGCUUCAAUAGCUGGCUUGGAAGUUAAAAGAUUUUUUAAUGAUUAUAAAGCAGCUAUUCACUCUUAUGAUCUUGAAGACUAAAAUGAUAAAAAUGCUUUGGUUUUUCAUUUGGGUGGAGCUACAAUGGAAGUUUCAAUUUUAAAUAUUGAUUAUGGUGUUAUUGAUAAUAUUGCUUCUUGUAGUGACAUAAACUUCGGUGGUGAAGUUUUUGAUCAAAGAGUUGUAGAAUAUUUCAUUAAGCUUAUUCUUUAGAAAUAUGGCAAAGAUAUUUCUAUUGAUUAAAUAGCUAUCUAAAAAUUAAGAAUAGAAGUUGAAGCUGCAAAAAAAUAGCUUUCUUCUUUAUUAAAAACUUAAAUAAAAAUAUAAAAUUUAGUUGAUGGUUUAGAUUUUAGUGAAGAACUGACUAGAGAAAAAUUUGAAGAAAUAAAUACAGAUUUAUUUUAGAAAGUGACGAAUACGAUAUAAGAUGUUUUGAAUAAAUCUGGUCUCAAUAAGAUCGAUAUCGAUAAUAUCAUCUUGAUUGGUGGUUCUACGUAUAUUCCGAAAAUCAGAAAAUCUAUUUAAGAAUUUUUUGGUAAAGAACCCAAAGUAAGUAUUAAACCAAAUGAAGCUGUUGCAAUAGGCUUAGCUAGUUAAUUUGAUGUAAUUUAGUAUAAAAAUGAUUUAGAAAUUUUACUUUAAUUUGAAGUCAAUCCUAUUUCUCUAGGUAUUGAAACGGAUGAUGGCAUUAUGUCUAUACUAAUCCCAAAACAAUCAUAUUUACCUUACAAAAAAACAGAAAAAUUCAUAUUUAAUCAAGACAACCAAUAGUAGAAGCUUAGAUUAAAAAUUUUUUAAGGUGAAAGAUUACUUACUAAGGAUAAUUUUUUCAUAGAUGAAUUAGAACUUAAAAUUCCUUAGAUACAGCAAGGUAAAAUCGAAGUUGAAAUUACAGCUUAAAUUGAAUGGAUGGGAGGACUUGUAAAUAUAACAGCAGUAGAAAAAUCUACAAAUGUAAUGAAUUCAAUAACAUUUCAAUCAAAUCCUAUAAAACCUGAAAUUUAAGCUUUUGAGGAUCUAAAUUAUGAGGCUAUGCUUUUUUAAUUUAAAGAUUAGAUCACUAAAGAAAAAAUCAAUUCAAAAAACUCCUUGAAAUCUUAUCUCGACUUUGUGGUGGGUCUAUUAGAUACCGAAGAGUACAAGGAUGUUGAUAAAAUAAGUAAUUAUGAUAAAUAAAAUAUCUAGUAGACCAUAAAAGAAAUUUAGAACUGGCUUUCUACUAAUCCUGAAGCUGAUAAAACAGAAUAUGAAUUAAGAAAAAGCAAUCUAGAAAAUAUUUUUAAGCCUAUAUUUAGUAAGACUUAGCAAAAUAAUGAGGAUUUGGAAUACUAGUUAUAAUAAUAAAAGAUUUUUGAUCUCUGA